GACGUACGAAAUAUGGGAGUACAAAUAGGCUUUACUCGUCUUACUUGCAUACUUUUCUAGCUGCAUUUACAGUAAGAAUCUCUGUUAGGCAGUUUAGAAUACUUGAGAACAAUUUAAUUAUGUACUCCGCAGUUAUUCUAUUGGCUUUCUUUGCAACAGUGCAUUGUAUGUACUAUGUGCCACAAAAGCCCAACUUUGAUUGUGACUAUUUUUGCAAAUCCCGUGGGAAUAAGCCCGUAUGCUCCGAGAAGAAUCAAGAAUUCAAGAAUGAGUGUUACUUGGAGUGCAAAUGGGAAUACAAGGAGUGCGAUGGCAAAUGUCCAUGCAUGGUAAAAGUCCAGAGAGAAGCCUACUGUUUGUGUCCGAAAGCAAAAGAUUACGUUUGCACGUAUGGUGGAGAAACUGUAGACAACCAAUGUAUCGCUGACUGCCAGAAUAAGCCCGUUGCGCAUAAAGGUCGAUGCCCGGAAUUUUACAAGUGAAAAGAAAAUGAUGUAGGCAGUGCAAAAUGAUCGUUAGAAAUGACUGUUACACUACCAAACAAGACAUCUUUUCCUUCUUAUUAAAAUAAACUCAUCAACAUUUUACAAUAUCAACAAAUGCAUGGUCUAAUUUGUGACACAAAAAUUGCUGACAGUGAAUUACUUACAUAUAGAGGCAUGAGCUUUAAACAUUAUUUCACACACAGCAAGACAAAUAAAGAAUUAAAAGUA